UGCAGCCGAAAGAAAGGAGGAACGCGAGGAAGGCUAAGGGGCGACUGACUUCGUGCGACAGUUUUCAGAGCAACGAAACCGGCUACAAGGCCUGACUUCACUGUCAACAGCAGCACAUCAGCGGCAACGACGCCUUCACCAUGCACUACCAGCGCUUCUACAAUGAUGACGAUGCAAAGUCUCGCCCGGCCACAACGGGCAGAGACCUCCCUGCUGGGUCUCCACCAGUUAUAGACACAGGGGCCGUGCCUGCAGCAGGGACAUCUGGGCAUCCGGCUAGUGCUCCUUGGGUGGUGAGUGAUGCCCUGGCUGCCUGUCCUGGUCGGCUCGACGUUGCCCCUUCCGCUGCUGCCUCUGGUGCUCCUGGCCAGCGCGCCGUCCAACAGGGGUAUCCACAGAACACGCCGCUGCCGACUCCCAACGCGGCAGACAACAUCGCGCCUCCACCGGCAAGGCGCAGUCAUACUGCCGCAGGGCCCGCGGUUCCAAACUUCCAGAGUGGCAGCGUCGCCCGCUGCCGCCUGGAUGGACCCAGCGCGACUGUGCGGAACACGCGUCCGGGUUGGCUGAUGUGCCUCUCUGUGGUGCUGGCGAUGGCAUGCACGGUGCUCGGGGCUCUUGUGUACGUCGUCAUGAGGAUGCACCAAGACCAACGGCGCAUCGGCCCUCGCGCCGUGCCGGAUAUUCCAGCGACGGAGUUGGACGACUAGUAGCGUUCCCUCCCUCCGGACUAUAUAGUAAUGCGCCGCACGUUUCACGAGUCGCCGAAUAAAGGCACGCUCAAUUCCAGGUCCCUUGCAUUCGUGGAUACAUUGCAUUCGUGGGUACAGCGCGAAAAUUACGAGGACGACGGAAGAGCGGACACCGCAAGCUCGAACUAGCAACACGUCCCGAAAGGCGCCAAGCACGGCGGCACCUCCAUACACUCCAUCCUUUUGUUCCCUGCCCACGUCGGGGCGAUUGAGGGGGUUCCUCUGAACCUCAACGAGUCUGCCCACGAGGCUGCGCGUGGCUUUACCGUCCGCGCUACCCUCGG